AUGACUCGGGUCCUCUGGUUUGAGCGAGUGGAUUUUGCGGGCCGUGACUGCGCCGGGGAUCGGACGUUCCCCAUCGGGAGUUCAUUCCGCAUCGCCGAGACGGAAGCGAAUCGACGAAGCGACGCGACUCCCUCUCGCCGAGCCCCCCCUCGCGCCGAGCCCUCCCUCUCGCGCUCCUUCCCGUUUCUUCGCUCGCCCCGGGAAGACGCGAGCGCUGACGUUCAUUCCACGUCCGUCGCUUUUCACGCCCCAGGUGAGGAUCGUACCGCGGGUCGGAUCGUCGAGGAGGUCGGCAUGUCGUCAGCGAAGAAUUACAGCGACAAGAUCGCGAUGCACCUCCAGCGGCAAGCCGAGCAGACGGCCGUCGUCGACGCCCUCCUGAGGGAGGUCCGGGAGCUGACCGGCAGAAAACGUCGGAAGAUGGAGAACGGCAGCAGGGUCGAUUCCAAAUCGACUGGCGUCGGUCCCGAUGGAUCUCCCCUCGCCGUUUCUCCUGCUCGGAUGCUCCAAAAUCAGAGCGCUGCUGGAACGAGUCGGCCGCCGAAACUCAUGAAGAUCGAUCUCGACGCCCUCGGGUCGCAUCCGCCCGUCGACAGCGGCCUUCAGCCGGAGCGGAAGAAGAGCGAGACGGGAGGAGCAGGGAGCGCGAAGACGAUCAAGGCGGUAACGGAGGUCGAGUCGCUCCACGAUCAGGGGCCGACGAGCGAUCGACCCCGGGCCGACGACGCGGGACGCUGGGAUCCCGGCUUCUCCGAGUCUCACGACGCCGUGCGUUUUUAUCCCUUGGUGGGAGAUGGGUCCUGCUUGAUAUCGAGGCGCCGUUUCUAA